AGAUAGAAAUAUUUAUCAGCGAAUCUUUUUUGUAAGCAUUUCAUUAUUUUUAAUAAGUGUUGUCGUCUGUUGCAGUCAUUACGGUCAAGUGCGGACUUCCGAUAAAAUAAUCGAAGCGGCCAAAACAGGGAACUUAAAUAUGCUGAGAAAUCUGUUCGAAAUGGGUUACUCUCUGAUGUCCAUCAACAAGGACGGUCAGACAGCUCUACAUGUCGCAAGCCAGCGCGGCGAUUCCAACCUGGUUAGGUACAUACUGGCCAACGCGCCGUCCAACAUCGUGUCGGUCAAAGACAACCUAGAAGGGCAGACGGCACUGCACGUGGCUGUCCAAAACGGCGAACGAAAGAUCUGUUACCUAUUGGUGUCGGCCGGGGCGCCGCUACUGGCCGUCGAUAAACAAGACCGGACGGCUCAGCAGAUAGCUGAACAGACCAGAGACUACGAUCUCGCCAAAUACUUGGAAUACAGAAGACGAAACGACGAAUUUGCUUAAGGACUAAGGAAAGGCUAAAACCGAUACGGUCUGUAUCUGUCUAAAAAACAAAACAAAAAUAGUUUUUCAUAGUAAAAUCUGCAUAACAAAACAAAUAAUAAUAAUAAUACGAUCCCGGUAUACUUAAGUCCUUCAUCCGUCGUAGUUCACUGCCUGCCCAUUAUACGCUUUUAUAUUAUUAUGCGAACAAAGAUAUUAUUAUUAUACCUGAUCGUAAAUCAGCAUGGACAAUAGUAAAUAAUUAAUAUUAUAGAGAAAACGUCGAGUUCAACAUUUUUACAAUACACUUUGGUAACUACUAUACUUAUUAUGAUACCUAGUUGAACUGUUACUGAUGCACGUAAUAUUAGUUUUUUUUUAUGUUCCUGACGUCCUUAGAUACUAGCUAUUAUUAUCCUCGAUGGAUUUGAGGUCCUUAAUGGAGACGUCAUAUUAUUAUAUUUUGCAUAAUUUUACCGUAUCGGUAAAGUAGGGCUACUAUAGCUUCGAUAGUCUAAUAAUAGUAAAACGAUUUUGUUGCGUCUUUAUAAUACUA